AAACAGGACGGACGCAGAAGAAAGCGCUGGAUGAUGAAAAAUGUGAUCGUCCGGGUUCACGGGUGCGGGAUGGGGAUCAUGUGGUAACUGGGCAUGUGGGAGCCCUUCGAUUUGCCGGGUAAGGCUGGCGAUGGUGAGAUCGGGGGCCGUGCUGAACCGUCAACUCGACAUACGGACCGAUGAGCUGUUCAAACAUGUGAACAGUGUGCAGCACAAUUGGGCUGGUACCGGGAGAGCUGCUGAAUGGCCAAGCUGUGGAGAGACGGGGUGAAGGAAAGGUCCAGAUCCAUCACGGGUAGCGCCUGUAUUUUUGAAAAUACCUAUUUCAGGGUGUUGAUCUCUGUCAAACACGCUCUGGCUACCGGCCAACGCUACUGUAGACUAGAUGGCAAAAGAUGGCCGAGAUCCCUACAUUUGGCAAUGAGGCGUGGUACAGACCCGCACGUACCCCAGAAUGACAGUGAUUGCUGGAGUGGGGCGGCGGUACGGCUGGCCCUUAUUGCAACGAGCGCAGUCGCAACGUCCACGUCAACGUCUCAGCUUCCAGCAUUCAACCGGCAACGGCCGGCCAACUAUCUUCUGAGCGAUCGCUACCUCCGGAAGCUCCAGAACAGUCGCCUGUUGCUAUACCAAAUCGCGGCCAUGUCCACCCGCGGACAGUUCAACACCAAGAACCCUACCAUCAAGCGCAUAUUAAAGGAGGCCUCUGAGCUCUCAGUCUCUCCCUCGCCAGAUUACCAUGCCGAACCGCUAGAGGACAACAUCUUCGAAUGGCACUUCACAAUCAAAGGCCCAGAGUCGCCUUCCGCAUACGCUGGUGGCAUCUACCACGGGCGGAUAAUACUGCCACCGCAGUACCCUCUUCGACCGCCGAAUUUCCGCUUCCUUACGCCCACAGGACGAUUCGAGGUGAAUCGUGAGAUCUGUCUGAGCAUAUCUGGACACCACGAGGAGACAUGGCAACCGGCCUGGGGCGUGAGGACGGCGCUGGUGGCCAUCAGGAGCUUCAUGGACACCGAUGCCAAGGGCCAGCUGGGUGGCAUUGAGUGCAGUAGAGAUGCACGGGAAAGGAUGGCAAGAGACAGUGGGAAGUGGGCGUGCUCGGGAUGUGGGAAGAGCAACACCGACAUCAUGAAGGAAUGCGAAGAGGCUGUCAAGGAUAUCGAGGAGACAGAGGGCAAGAGGAAGGAGGAACAGGUGCCUGAGGAGCUGAGACUUGCAUACCGGGACGAGCUGGGGCAGAAAGAGGACGCUGGGGCUGAGAAGAUCGACAAAGGCAAGGGCAAGGCGGUUGAGUCCGAGGCACGACAUGAGGAAUCGAUUCGACCUCCAGCGCUGGCUGCUCCAGCAGAUACACCGCCAACAAUAACACCGUCCCUGCCCGCCGUGAUUGCACCCAGACCUACGAGGACAGUACUAGCCCCACCGCUGCAACAACUGGUCGGACAGAGCGCAGAUCGCUCGCUGUCGUGGAUCGACACUUGCAUCUGGGGCGUUGUCGCAGCGUUACUUUUCAUGAUCAUAAAGAAGUUCGAUAUCCUAUAGAGUCCGGCGUGACUCGCUGUUGAAGACUGCUUCGAGUGUUCUUUUUCUAUUUCCAUACAUAUAGAGCGAUGGAGUUGUCAGUAGUAUUAUCUCGUUUCGUACACAUUUUUCAAUCCGAAGCAGCAAACCAACCGUGAGAGUCGGUCGCUUUAUUUCAACUAUAUAGACAUCCAAUUUAGGCCACGCGAACCGCGUCUCCGCCAUCGUGCAAAACGUC